UGAGGCGGAGUUGCUAGUUCUGUGCGUACCCUGAGAUAAAAUCCUGCAGGCGCCCCUGCAUAAGCCAAUGGCUUUUAUAGACGAUACCAAUCAAUGACGCAAAAGAAUGCCAACCCUAGCAAUUAAAUUCGGGAAGUCAUGCCCAUCUUACCUGUAAUGCCACACUAGCAACAUGCUAAAACAUGCUAGUAACAUUUUUCACUUUCUCUGAAUAAAACCUUUAAAUUUCAAGCUGCUCAAAGUUAUUUUAAACUUUCUGGUCAGGCUUUCUCAAGAAAACUUCAAAGUUUGUCUUAAAAUUUUCUGUCUUGUUAUUAUUGUAAUGUUAUGUGCUUUGAGACAUGAGGGAGAAUAACACCGUCUCUUGUGACGCUUUGCCAAGAGCAGCUGUGUGUGUGUGUGUGUGUGUGUGUGUGUGUGUGUGUGUGUUUUGGAGGAGGCGUGUCUUUGGAGACACUCUGGGUGGGAUGUUUUGAAAGCUAGCUUGCUACUGCUAGCCUCUCAGAAAAUGUCAUUUUGCACCUUUAAUAGUUUUGUUCCUAUAGUGUGUGGAGUGCUGCGAUGUGACCAAGACAGCACAAACACUAACAGAUUCUAGUCACAAACAACCAGACUGUGAACAUGGAAAUCUCUUUGUUUUAUGUUGCAAUUCUUCUUUAUUUUGAUAUAAUAACCUUUAGUCAUUGUUUGAUACAUUGAUGGGCCUUUGGAUCUAUUCAUGCUACUCUGCACAAGUUAAGAUAUAACUGCAUCAGCAUCUCCCACAGUGGACAAGAAACAAGAGACAAAACUGGAAACAAUGAACCUUUAUUUUACCUCUACAAAAAGUCAAAAGGCUGACACAGACGUCAAUAUGCAAAUAAAAAGAGAGGUGGAAAAAUAUACAAAUAAGGAGGAAGAAAAAUAUGAAAAUUAGUUUAGAACAAUACACAAAUGAUGUGAUGAUGAAUGAGGGAUGAGAGCAGAUAUAAUAAUCUCAUUGUUUAAAGCUGCAGACAGAAACAUCAGACUGAGGAUAGAAAAACACGACCUCUAAAGUAAGAACAACUCACAUGUUCAUUCUUCAAACACAACUAGACUUUGAGAUGUUAAUAUUGUCUGAAUGAUGAUGUACAGUGAAUUCAUGCUGCUGUUCAGAUACUAACUGAAACUGUCAUAUUUUACUCCAAAAAGAAUCUGUGAAUGUUUGAUAUCUGAGUUUUUCAAUGUGUUUCUUCCUCAGAAAUGGAGCAAACUCUAUAUUUCAUUCUUCUUCUCAUUGCUCUCUGCUCCGUAUCUGAAUGUGUUCAGCGUCAGUAUCACUUUAUAAAUGUGAGGAAGAACUGGACUGAAGCUCAGAGAUACUGCAGAGAGAAAUACACAGAUCUGGCCACCGUUGACAACAUGAACGACAUGAACGAGCUGAAGAAGAGUGUGAAUGAUGAACGUGUCUGGAUUGGGCUGGAGAGGAUGAGUGUUGGUAAAUGGCAGUGGUCUUCAGGUGAUCCUGCGCUCUAUCUGAACUGGGCUCCUACACAACCUGAAACUAGUGAGUGUGGUUUUAUGACAAAUGGACAAUGGCAUGAUUUGGCAUGUAGUAGCAGCCUGACUUUCAUCUGCAGUUCAUCUAACAACAUGAACACAGGACUCGUCUUUGUCAAUCAGGGGAAGAAUUGGAGAGAAGCUCAGAGUUACUGCAGACAGAAUCACAUUGAUCUGGUCAGUGUGAGGAACCAGAAUGAGAAUCAACAGCUUCAGCAGUUCAUUAGUGAUCAUCAUUCAUCUGGAUCAUGGAUCUGGAUCGGUCUGUUCAGAGACUCAUGGCAGUGGUCAGAUCAGAGUAACUCCUCAUUCAGAUACUGGGCUCCUGGUGAACCUAAUAAUGAUGGAGGUAAUGAAAACUGUGCAGCGAUCGAACCGAACACUCAGGGAAAAUGGAUAGACAUCUCUUGCAACAACCAGUUUCCUUUUGUGUGUCAUGAAGUUUUGUGUCCAGAUAAACUGAUUCUGAUCAAAGAGAAUCUGACGUGGUCUGAAGCUCUGAGAUACUGCAGACAGAAUCAUGUGGAUCUGGUCUCGGUUCAUUCAGAAGAGAUGCAGCUUGACGUGAUGAAUGUGGUUAAACAGGCGUCUACUGAGGCGGUGUGGUUGGGUUUACGUUACUCCCACAUUUUGGGCAUCUGGUACUGGGUGAGCGGAGACACCGUGUGCUAUCAGAACUGGGCUCCAGGGAACGGCACAGCAGUGGAGAACUGUGAUUCUGCAGUGAGAUCUGGAGCAGUUCAGUCUGGAGGAGAUCAGCGCUGGAUCAGCCGUCCUGAGACUGACAGACUCAACUUCAUCUGCAGCAGAAAUGAAGAAUGAAGGAUUCGUUUGUGCUGUUCUUUCACUUUCAUUUUACCUUGUUCUAUCUUUUUCUUAAAUAUAUGUGUAUAUAUAUAUAUAUAUAUAUAUAUGGGCCUCCUUGAUUAUAAUAAGAAUUUUCUUGGUGAAUUUUAAAUUUUUAUCUGUAGUCGUUCCAUCUGACAGGAUUUUGAUUAUGGAUGAUUUUAAUAUCCAUGUUGUUCUUGUAAACUCAUAACCAAAGCAUUUUUGAGCUGAUUCUUUUAUUUUAUCUCAGUGUGUCUCUGGACCUACACACGAUCAUGGGCAUACGCUUGACUUGUGUUUUCUUUGGGGAUAAUGAUGGAAUAUAUUUGUGUUGAAGAAACAGCUAUCACAGAUCAUAUGCUUGUUAGGUUUAAUCUGUAACAAUGUACUGUUAUCAGUCUCCAUUCUUGUCUCGUGUUAACUGUGUCUACACCUAAUGCAUACUCGGCUGCUUUUAGUCCUACUGAGUUAUCUCUUCCUAUUGAGUCUACAACGUUGCCCUCUAUAGGACAUGAUGAAUUGGUAAAUUCUUUUAAUAAUGUUUGUUCAGAGAUCUUGGAAAAUGUACACCGUUUAAAUGAGAUAUCAUGUGACAAAAUAAAAUAAAAAUAAAAAGUGGAUGAUGAG